AUGAAAGUUGUACUGUUCAACCUCGUCUUGGUUAGUGCAGUGUGCGGCUCACCGCGGUUGGACCCGCUAGUGAGUACUAAGAAGGGCCUGAUCCGCGGUCUGCAGGCGUCCGAUGGGGACUACUCCAUGUUCUUGGGCAUUCCCUACGCGAGGGUUAACCAGAGCAAUCCGUUCGGGCCGUCAUUACCUUACCCCGAUUUCGAAGAAGUGUUCAAGGCCUACGACGACUCAACAAUAUGUCCACAAGUCGAAGAGUUCGAAAAUCAAAUAGUAGGAUCUUUAGACUGCCUCCACCUCAAUAUAUACGUUCCCAACAAGGCUACCACCAGUAACCGUCUUCCAGUCCUCGUUUGGAUAUAUGGAGGAGGAUUCCAAAUCGGCUUCGCUGGUCGCUACUUAUAUGGACCAAAGUAUUUAGUAAGAAAUGACAUAAUUCUUGUCACAAUCAACUACCGACUGGGUCCGUACGGCUUCAUGUGUCUGGACACACCGGAGAUACCCGGCAAUCAAGGUCUGAAAGAUCAGCUGAGUGCUUUGCGUUGGGUGAAUGAUAAUAUCGACGCAUUCGGAGGCGACGUCAACAUGGUGACGAUAAUUGGGGAGAGCGCUGGAGGAGUGUCAGUAGACUUCCAUCUCCAUUCAGUGCAGGAGAAAUUGUUCGAUAAAGUUAUAAUGCAGAGCGGAACAACUCUGUGUCCGUGGGUGAUGGCAGAGGCCGACACAAGAGCUCCAAUUACAAUUGCUAAACACCUUGGCUUCGAUGCUGAAGACAACGCUGACGCCUUGACCUUCCUAUCGACAGUCGAACCGAAGCUGGUAAUAGCAGCGGUGACAGAGCUCUCCCUAACGUUCCGUCCAUGUGUUGAAAAAGACUUCGAUGGCGUGGAGAAAUUUGUAAGGGAACAACCUAUCAAUAGCCAGAUACCAAAAGCUAAAGAUGUAAAAAUUCUCGCCGGCUACAACAACCGAGAGAUGCUUGUUGGUUACGGAAACAAAGCAUCAGGCUACGAACAUAAUAUUUUCAAGAAAAACUUGGAAAUGAUUUUCGAUUUGAACGACAACGAAGACUUAAUAACACUGGUUAGGCAGUUCUAUAUCGGCGAUGAAGAUAUGAGUGCGGAUUUAAAAUGGGAUCUGAUGGACUUUGAAUCCGACUUUUCCUUCAAUCACCCUGCACACAGAAGCUUACAGAAGUAUCUAGAAAAUGCUGCAAAGGUCUACCAUUACAUAUUCUCAUACUCAGGCGGUAGAAACUUUGUCAAGUUCAAAAACAACAUUACAGAAGUUGGUGCAGCUCACGCCGAUGAAAUUGGUUACCUCUUUGAUUUAUCGAUAAUGGACACUCCAUCGGAGGAAGAUCAGCUCAUCAUUGACAGAAUCACAACGUUAUGGACAAACUUCGUGAAAUAUGGAGACCCCACUCCCGACACAUCGGACCUGUUGCCGGUGAAAUGGUCGCCAGUAGAGAAGGACGUCUUACAUUAUCUAGACCUAGACAGAGAACUGACAAUGAAGAGGAGACCGUUCCACGACCGGAUGGCUUUCUGGGACCUGUUCUAUAAGAUGAACAGGAACUUACUAAAGGAGUACGAAGGAGACGAUUAG